AUGUCCGCAAGAGCAUCCACCCUUCGGAUAUUUUGGCACCGGUGUGCUGGGUCUCCUUUAAGACCUGUUUCUCAGACAGUACAUGCCCUGUCAUGGCGGUCAUUUGCAUCCAAGGCCCCCAAAGCGCCGAAGCCGACUUCGCAAGCUGCCGGACAAACACAUCGCGUUCGGAAUACAAUUCAGGCUUCACCGAUCAAAGCUGGAAACAUUGGUCAACUGGCAUUGAAGGUAGCAAGACAGGGUGAAGUGGUGCUUUUCAAUGCGCCCUCACAGCGUACUUAUGUCCUGAGUGCCUAUGGACUAUCCGCAUUUUGCUUCGCCUAUGCGGUCUAUAACUCCAAUGCUGUCUUCCGGGAUCCAUUGACAGAUCUUCCUAUGUGGCAACAGGCUUUGUUCGGAGGUAUCUGUGUCACUAUGAGUGUCAUGGGUACUCUGUUCUUUGUCCGAACCAGCCAUAUGAUUCGCAACAUCACGGCUAUUAAGUCCCAAGGCCAUACCUACAUCCGAUUCGAGGUUCGCCGUUUGAUGCCAUUCACCAAGCCCUACCAAAUCGAGGUACUGCCUGCCCAGGUCUCCAUUUCUAAGCGUCUGGUCGUCUCAGAGCAGGCCGCGAAACGAUUUGAAGGCGAGAGCCGGAAACUUGGAUCGGAGGAAGCCCCUAGCUUUGUCAAGGCCCCUGUCCAAAAGUUGAGUCGGGGCCUGUGGAGGAUCUUCCUUUCUGUUCGCCAGGUCUUUACAAGUGAAGACUUCAUCUUGAUGCAGAUUGAGGGUCGGAAAGCCACUUUCCGACUGGACUCCAAUGGCUACGUUUCGAGUGAUUUGUACGCCCUUGGUAACCCUGUCCGGUUUACUGGCAAAAAAUAA